AUGAAAACAAGUGGCGAGCGCUUCUAAAAAAAAAAAAUAAUAAUAGUAAAUAAAAAAUUAUUCAAAACAAUAUUUGAGAAUAAUCUUAAAUAUAGUGCAGUUUGUGUAAAACCGUGUUUGGACUUUCGAUCGAAUAUUUUUUGGUUCUUCACACAAUUGUAGUUCGCGCAUUGUAUAAAAUAUCUUAUAUUAAUAUUAAUAACUCGCUAUUACAGUAUUACCUAUACCUACACGAAUUGCGAUCGGAUUACGUAUGUGUCGUUAAAAUAUAAAAAAAACUGUUAACAUUCCGAUAAUAUUCGCGACUGCAGCCUAUAUAUACCUACUUGUCAGUGUAUAUACUAUACUAUAUAUGUAUACCCAGGUUGAUAUUAUUAUUUAUCAUCAAAAUUGUCGGUUAUCUCGAGUGUCACCGCCGCCGCUACCGCCACCGUCGUCUGCGACUUUACUUCCUACCUCUUGGCUCUUAUAACGUUUUAUACCAACCCACUUCUAUAUUAUAGGUACAUACCUACCCAUACACAGUCAACCCAUCGGGGCUUAACGACCGCGCGACGUAAAUAUAAUAAUUACUAUAAUCCUUUGAACGAUCGUCGCCACCGCCUCCGCCGUCAUGUUGAUCGCCGCCGCGGUCGAAUUCGCCAUGGUGUCCGUCUGCAUGUUCGCGUCAAGCGCCGGCGUGGCGAUCGCCGUCGUCGCUGUCAUCGCGUACACUGUGUACGGCAGACUCAACAGACACAAACUGCUGUGCAUCCAACAGCGGGACAUUUUAAACACCAAAUUAAAAGCGAAAGUGGCGUCCAAGGCGGAAAAUGAUCAAGAUAAGUUUUUUGAAGUCCGCGAUUAUUUGGAACGGCUAGUGGAAGGGCUGGUGGACGGAGGCCUAGAUGACGUAUGCCUCACGCCCCUGUCCACCCACCCGCUAUACAUGUCAAUAUGUUGGAAGUACCACGAACAGUUGGCCACCACGCUAACAGCAGCCAUACACUCCAUCAUAAACGAGUCUGAUGAGUUUGAUGACAUUCCCAUAAAAUUAAAUACAAUUUUGAAAGAAGUGUCUUAUGACGUGGAACAUCUUCCAGAACUACAGGCUGCCCAGAAAAAGUGCGCUGUUCCAUUGGCGGAAGAUUUAAACGAAAAAAAUUACGAAGAUCUCUUGGCCACUGCUAUAUUAAACAAGAUUGUCGCCAACAGUCAGACAAAGAAAAAAGUCCCAGUUGCAAGGACUCGAAUUUCUAAAUUUCCUCCUAAACAAACGGAUUCAAAUAUUCAGAAUUCGAAAAAAACCGAAGAGCCCCGGAAGACUCCUAGAGUGUCUUUAACUGUGGAAGAAUUCACGGAAGAGGUGACGACGACCAGUUAUAAUACAUACUCUGAUAUUGAAGGCGAUUACGACGAUGGGUACAACGAAGGUGACGAAGAAGACGAUGAAAGAUCGCAAUCGACCAUCGGAAUGUUCAUGUCCAACGCGAAAUUGCUUCGAGGGCACACGGCGCCUUUGCCCGAAUUCGGGUCUGAUGCAGUUGAAGACGGCAGCAGUACCAUCGAUCCCGACGAUCAAGGAAUAAGCGCCACGGUGGACUCGUGGGAAGACAAUUGGCUGUUCCAAAAGAAAAGGGUAAACCGGAUGUCCGGCUCCAACAAUUAUCACCAUCAUCCCGUACCUGUUCCGAUGUUAGUGCCAAACCCGUCCGAAGUCACCAGGCCGCUAAUAGGUGAUCGCGAUGCCGACGAAACGUCCGAACUGUCCGACUAUUCGAAUUCGGCAUUGGACGAGCUGCUCGAACUCUCUGAUUUCGAAUCGGAGCCACUGCAGACGAAACGUUCGGACGUCGAUACAAACUCCGCCAACGGUGGAAUUUUACUGUUCGAAGGCCCUAGCAGCGAGGAGGACAACCCGCUCAUCUGGGAUCCCGUAGUGGAGGCUUGCAACAAGCACGUCGCACUUUCCCAAGUAGAUUCCGGUCAAGGUUCAAUGGAUCAUCAGAGGGAUUUUGAUCAAUCUAUAGAAGUCAACGAAAAACCGGUGCCUAGGCCAAGGUCUAGUUUAAUGUCAAGCGCCACAGACAGCAGCGAAGUCAACUCGGUGUCAUCUGAAGAUGUAAAUGUCGCACAAGAAGACGAGCAGUUACCUCCCAGGCCAGGUACGAUAGCAGAACGAGAACAUUCCAAGUGGGAAAAGGCGACGCCGCUGACGAACAACCCGUACUCCGCCGAGAACAUCGAAAAGCGCAAGUACAAGACGUUGUUCGGAAGCAGGAGCAGUAGCGAGGCAUCACUGAAUUUAAUCAAUGGAAACGACACGUCCAGCCCGUUGAAAAUUGUCUGCAGCCCCUCCUUACCGGACACGCAGCGGUACGGUCGAGAUUACUACAUCAAUCAGUCCGGGGAAUUGAAAACCAGACAAAAACAGACCAAGGUGUCCAAACUGGUAGUACAGAUCGGCGAAGACGAACUCGAAGGUGACGGGCGGCGAACUGACGGCGUACUCCAGGACUCCACGCCGGUCACCCCUCAAUCGACUUCCAGUGGCGACUCGUUAGCGCCCUUUGGCACUGGCGGCGGCCAAGACAAACUGGUUCGGGUGUGCUCGUGGACGGACCGACGGGAUAGCGGCAGCGGCGUCCCCAAGAGUUCCAUCGCGGAAUCGGCAGACGACGUGCACCACUGCAUGCCUUCGGUCAGAGAACUGGCCAAACAGUUUUCGUCCCACAACGCUGAAAACACAUGCAAGAACCCGAGCAGACAAGUGCACAGUUUGACGGCCAGGAGCCUCAGUCGAGAGUACCGCGAAGGAUUGGGACUGAAAGUGCGCGAUAAAAGCGGACACGCCGUACAGGACUCCGACGACAGCGGCAACGGAUCUGCCAAGUCUGAGGACGCCAACACGGUCAGCCACCGACACCUGUUGCAGCUGGCCUAGUGAAAUCGUCUGCUGCGGGGCGGGUCGACAACUUAUCAUAUUAUUAUUAUUAUUAUUAUUUUCAUCGCGAUCGCUAUAUUAUAUAGUAAUGUAUAGAGAUUUCCAUAUAAUUUCUAUAAUUUCUAAAUUAUAAUAUUAUAUAUUAUAGUCUUCCCAAAAUUAUUAUUAUUUUAAUAUUAUACAUAUCACGUUACACCCAGUGUGUACAUAGGAUAUUAAUAUAAUAUUUUACGGUGUUUGUGCUAUAUAGCAUUGAUUUUAUAAUUGACUAUAAUAAUAGUAUUAUAAUAUCAAUGGUUAUAUAUGUACCUCCUACCUAUAGUAUAUUAUAGAGGUAGAAAUAGAUACAGUUGUUGUAUUGUUAUAAUUUAUUAUCGUAUAAUAAUAUUAAUUAAACUGUUAUUAUUAUUUUUUAAAUACCUUAUAGGUAUAUCUAUAAAAACGUAGUUGUUUUUUUUUAACUGAAUAGUAAUAUUUUAUUUUUCAAAAUUGAAAAGCAUAUAAUAUUAUGAUUAUUUUAUUACGAGUGCAUAUUUUAUU